CGGAGUCGGAGGUUGUUCCAAAAAGGUUUUAAGAGUGAUUUUAAGUUGUGAUUAAAAACAAACAAGUGAAAUAAAUAAUUGCGUGCAGAUUUAUGAAAUAGAAAAACAUAAUAAACAAAAUAUACCUACCUACGCAGAAGUGAUAAGUUUAAAAAGAAAACGGAAUAACAAUAUCCGUUCAAAGUGUGAACUCUAUUUAGAGGGUGUCUUGAAAUUAUACAGAAACAGAGAUCUUUAUGCUUGGAGACAAUAUUAAGGAAUACACCGGCCAGCAGUGGGACUAAGCUAUAUGAGACAUGGCAACAUUAAUACAAUCCGCAUAUGUGGAGGCUGCUUAUGAAGAUAUGUUCAAAGAAAUUACACGCAAGCUGUAUGGGGAAGAAACCGGAAAUGGAUUGCAUACACUGGGAACACCGGUCGCACAGGUGGCCACAAGUGGACCAACUGCACCAGAAGGCGAGCGUUCUUUUACAAAUUUGGUAAGAUUGCCGAUUGACCGUUCAGUUGUUGCACCAACAAUUGAAUACGAACAUAAUAAUGGUGGCGCCGGAGGUAAUGGAAAUGGCGGAGGAGGUGCUGGCCAAUCAGAUACAUCCGCCGCCACAACUAGUGCUGGCAAUUUUAAAUCUGAAGAUCAACUUAGUACGGCAUUUGGUUUAGCUGCUUUAAUGCAACAAAAUGGUUUUACAUCGGGUGGAACGAUUCUGGGCGCUCAGACAAUACAAAAAACAGUCAAUCCAUCUACAUCGAAUAGUAAUGUUGUUGGAAAUGCAGGUGGUGAAGCCCGAUGGACGGGAGCUAUUCCGGUUACGGUGCCGAGUGGUGCAGAUGAGAUCGUACAAUGGCCAACAAGUGGAAAGUUGGGUAGUUACAAUGGAACUCUCAAAACUGCAAAAUCUGCUAAAGUACGGGAUCCACCGAAUGAGAUUUACACCAGCCCAACCAGUGUUGUAACAAACAACAACAACACAACACCAAAUUCAAAUACACCGAGUGUUGUCCAGCACUCACAACAACACGUGGUCAGCACCCCAACAACAUCAUCGUCCAAUAGUCGCAAAAAGAACGCUGCUGCAGCAGCCGCCGCAGCAGCAGCUAAUCAACAAAACGCCCAAUUACAAAUACCAAAACGUUACGCCUGCACCCACUGUCCGUACUCCACCGAUCGUCGAGACCUCUACACUCGCCAUGAGAACAUUCACAAGGACGAGAAGCCAUUCCAGUGUUACGCUUGUCUGAAACAAUUCAAUCGAGCCGAUCAUGUUAAGAAGCACUUCCUGCGUAUGCAUCGUGAAAUGGUCUAUGACAUCAACAAGACACGUCGCAAUGUCCCCAGUACAGUGUCGACCCAACAACAACAACACCAACAACAAACCCACCAGAUCGAUCAAAAACCAAAUAUAUUCUUACAGCAACAAGUUGGCGGUCAAGCUGGCGUUGUGCAUGCAGAGAAUUUUAUGACAGGACAACGGCAGGAGACCUCAUCCAGCCUUAGUAUAGCCCAGACAAUUGAAUCUGUUGCCACAGCAACACACACCGAAACUAUGCCAGUUAUGAAACAAGAAAAGAACACCGGCGAUGAUAUUACCGGCACUGGGCAAGUUAAAGUGAAACGAGAGAAACGUUUCACUUGCUGCUAUUGCCCAUGGUCUGGAGCUGAUAAAUGGGGAUUGAAACGUCAUUUGAAUACCCACACAAAACCGUUUGUUUGCAUGUUAUGCGAUUAUAAGGCAGCUCGAUCUGAGCGCUUGGCUACGCAUGUGCUCAAGGUACACAAUAAGAAAGCUUGCAACAAGUGUUCGUUCCUAGCUGAUAACCAGGAAGAAUAUCUGGCGCAUAUGAAUGAUGUGCAUGCCCAAUCGACAGCAAAUAGCAGCAACAAUAGCGGAGUUAAUUCAUAUACAACAACUGAUUUGAACGGCUCAAAUAAUGCCAUGAACAACGGCAACGCUGGCCCUCUACAAGAGAUCAUGGUUAAUCCAACGUCUAUGGUCGGUUGGCGUUUGAGCGCUAAUGGUUCACUUAUUCCACCACAUGAUCUUAUUACCGGUGGAUUGGCGGUGAAUGCGAAUCAGAAACGUGGCGCCGAAAGACUAUUUCAAUAUCUCGAGGCGGACGGAAGUGAUCCUGAAGACUAUGCGCGUUUACUUAAAAUGGACGCAAUGAGCCGCAAUACAGCAUCAGUGGCUCAGGAUUUUCAUAAGGCGGGAGGCGUUGACUUGAAAAAUAAACAUCAAUUUUUCAACAACAACACCACAACCUCAAAACAUGCUGCUGCAAGUUUGCUUCAUAAUAAUAAACAUCAAAAUCAAAAUCAAAAUCAUCAUCAACAACAACAACAAAGACAACAACGUAUCAAGCAAACAAAUCAUAAUCUUCGUCAAAAAGGUUUCUCCAGUUGUGGCAGUACAUCUGACGAAACCGAAGAAGAUUAUGAAAAUAUGGAAAAUAUUGAGAAUUUCAACUCAUCAAGCGAUCAGAGAAAGGCGAUGUCCGCAUUUUUGAGUCGAAAUUUUGGUUUACAAGAAAAAAUUCAUCCCAUUCCAUUAAUAAAUAAUAAUGAUAAUAUUAAAAUGGAGAAAGCAGAAAUUAAGAUCAAAGAAGAACCAAUAAUCAAGAAUCAACCAAAACCAACAUCAUCACCACCAUUAACACAACUACCACCAAGAAAAAGACAUAGUGUAGAUUCUAUUAAGCAGCAGCCAAUGAAAUCGCCUCCCGCGCAACCAAUAAAUUUAACAAAUAACAAAAAAAAGAACAACAACAGUACCAACAAUAUCAAUCAAUUAAAAGCAAAUGUGAAACAAAACAAUAACACAACAAACCACAGUCGUAAAUCAUCUGUAACACCAACAACAGCAACUAAAAUACCUGUGAUUAAUAAUAUUAACAACAACAACAAUAAUUCGACCUUAAAAGGACAUCGCCUUGAUCUGAUACGUGACAAAGAAAAUUCCAAUUCAAUUUUCUCAACAAUGGAAUAUCAAAAUCUAUCUAAAUUCGGUACACAGUUCCAGAAUUAUGUCAAAGAUAUAAUAAAUAAGUACUAUGCCGAAACGCCACUACUCUUUCCAAUUGUUCCACAUCAGCAACACUUGCAUCAUAAUGUGCAACAACAACAACAACCAUUAUCGCCACCGCCAGCAAAACGUCAAAAACUGAGCGAAACAGAAGAAUACAUUGAGUAUUUGAAGAACAAAGAAGACAUCACCCUCACAAUAACACCAAAGAUCAACAACAAUAACAAUAGUACCAAAACAGCAAACAUAAACUAUAAUAAUAAUAAUAGUACGAAAAAUCAAUUUAACAACAACAACAGCAAAAUUAUUAACAACCAAACACGCCCAGCAGUCAUUGUCAAACAAUCACGAUCUCCUCCACCACCAAGAAUCAUAGAAGAAGAGCCCAAAGUUCAAGUCAUACCAGUCAUAAAUUACGCCCAUGGUAACCUACAAUCGCUAGUCAAUGGCAACACUUUCUAUCCAUCGUUAAAACCAUCAAAUAAUAUUGUUCACCAACAAUUCUCGGAUGAUGAUAAUUCUGCCCCUAUCGAUAUGUCCUCAAAUUCAGCUAUAUACGAUUCAAGACGCAGCAAUCGCAAGCAAGCUCAACCAAAGAAAAUCAAGACCUCACCGGAAGUUGUGAUGGCCCAGUUGCGUGACAAGUACCUCAAAAAAAUGGUAGACCGAAAAAAGAGCUGCGUUGUUUGUACAAACAACAAUCGCAAAUCAAUGCUAGUAUUCCCUUAUCAUACACCUGCUUCGCUUCGCCUGCACCGCUUGUGGAAGCAUUCAGAACGAUCACAGAAUUGUGGCCAUUGCAAUGCACGAUUCAGCAAAAUGUACAGUUUAAAAGUUCACUGUCGACUUGUGCACCGCAAAUAAUGAUCUCUCUCUCUCUUUAUCUUUUGAGCUCUCUUUCUUAAUUUCAUGACAGUUGACACACAUGUCACAAUAGUUCAAUAAAUUAUCACCACAAAGCUAUAGUGCUAUAUAUAUUUUGUUUAAACAAAUGAUGAAGAUUUUCCAAGUAGGAGAAAGAAAUGCUGUUUAUCAUUUUUUCAAUUUUUUAGUUUUUAUUUUUGUAUUUAUUUAAGUUUUCUACUUUAGUUAUGGAGUACCUGAAAUAUGAUUUAAAAUUUUAUUUUGUUUGUAUAAAAGAAGAGAAAUGCAUUUAUUGCCAUUGAUAAAAAUUGUAAGCUUUAUUUGCCAUUGGCUGUAUAUUUGAUAUAAGAGAAGCUUACGUCCGGGUCGUCGGUGAGCUUUUUUUGAGUAUUUUUCAAAUCUUCAGUGGCAGUUUUCGUUCUGGUGUAAAUUUUGUUGGUCACUUACUUAAAAAAUUUCAAAUCACAGAAAUGUGUCAGUUUUUAAUUUGACAAAGCUUUUAAUUACAUUUUAGUUGCAUCAUCCCAAAUGAUUUGUUAUAAGCUCAGAUUGAGAGUCACAUGAUGAAAAAUGAAAAGUAGCCUUUUUUGAAAAAAAAAAAGAAAUCCAAUGAUCCUUUUGUUUGAAUUUUAUAUCUUGCCCGCUACUAAAAGUAAGCUUUUUGAAUUUUCAAUCGAGUUGAAGAGAAUAGAUAAGUAAAUAUUUGAGAAAACAAAAAACACAAAGUCAAAAUACAAUGCCAUUUUUGUUCAUACCAUUUAAAAAAAGAAAAUUAUAUAUAUAAUCAUUUAUUUUAAUUUUAUUUAAGUAUUUAAAUUUAAACAUUUUGAAAAAGUAAAAAUUAAAAGAACAAGUUAUACAUUGUAUUUGCCAUUAAUUGCUUUAAGUAUUUUUUUUAAUAAUUUGUAGAAUAUAAGUUAUGAAGUUUUCAUUAUAUGAAUAUAUUAUUAUUAUUAUUAUUAUUGUGUUUUAUUAUAUUUCUUUAUUAUUAUAAAUCUAAACUGCUAUUUCAAAGAAUUAAACAAAAUAUAAAAAUUAAAAAAAAAAAGUAUAGUAAACUAAUUUUUAAAUAUACUCGAAUAUAAAAGAAAACAAAAAAAUAAACAAGAUGAAUAAAAAGGAUAUAGUAAUCGACUGAAACAUUAUUAUAAAACACUAUACAUUAAAAACUUAGCGUAAUGUAAUGGAAAGCAUGUGAAAAACAAAAAACAAAAGAAGAAACUUAAAACAAAAAAUCAAGUAAAGAACAGAAAGAAUGUCUUUCUUAAUGUUUAGUUUAAAUUUCCAAAUAAAAUUUAAAAAAUUGGUUUACAAAAA